AUGGUUGUUAAGACCAACUCUCCCCUCACACACAAGGCGCGCGAAGGUGUAAUGGAAUUCUUGCUGGCAAACCACCCGCUCGACUGCCCCAUCUGCGACCAGGGUGGAGAGUGCGAUCUACAGGACCAGUCAAUGAGAUAUGGUGCUGAUAGGGGCCGCUUCCACGAAAUUGGUGGUAAACGUGCCGUGGAGGAUAAGAAUAUCGGACCUCUGAUCAAGACCUCUAUGAACCGUUGCAUCCACUGCACGCGAUGUGUGCGUUUCGCCAACGACAUUGCUGGUGCCUCAGAGAUGGGAUCUACCGGCCGAGGCAACGACAUACAAAUUGGCACAUAUCUGGAACAAAAUCUAGACUCUGAACUCUCGGCGAACGUCAUCGAUCUAUGCCCGGUAGGUGCGCUGACAUCAAAACCAUACGCUUUCAAAGCACGACCCUGGGAGCUCAAGCGGUCAGAGUCUAUCGAUGUCCUUGACGGCUUGGGCUCCAACAUCCGUGUGGACUCAAGGGGUCUCGAGGUUAUGCGCAUUCUUCCUAGAUUAAAUGACGAUGUCAACGAGGAAUGGAUAAACGACAAGACGCGAUUUGCUUGUGAUGGCUUGAAGACCCAACGGUUAACGAUUCCUCUCGUUCGUCGUGAGGGCAAAUUUGAGCCAGCAUCGUGGGAGCAAGCUCUGACCGAGAUUGCCCAGGCAUGGCAGGUCAAGGCUCCGAAGGGCAACGAGUUCAAAGUUGUGGCCGGUGAGCUCACCGAGGUGGAGUCUCUAGUUGCUAUGAAGGAUCUUGCCAACAAGCUUGGUUCUGAGAACCUAGCUCUUGAUACACCUUCUGGCAGCCAACCGAUUGCCCACGGUGUUGAUGUGCGAUCAAACUACCUCUUCAACUCUAAGAUCUGGGGUAUUGAGGAUGCGGACUGCAUCCUGUUGAUUGGCACCAACCCGAGACACGAGGCCGCUGUCCUGAACGCUCGUAUCAGGAAGCAAUGGCUCCGCUCUGAACUCGAGAUCGGUGUUGUCGGCGAGACUUGGGAGUCAACCUUCGACUUUGAGCAUCUCGGCACCGACUACGCGGCUCUCAAGAAGGCACUUGCCGGCCCCUUCGGCAAGAAGCUCCAAGCAGCUAAGAAGCCUAUGAUUAUCGUCGGGUCCGGCGUUACUGACCACGCUGAUGCCAAGGCUUUCUAUGAGCUGGUCGGUGGCUUUGUCGACAAGAAUGCUGCCAACUUCCUCACGGAAGAGUGGAACGGCUACAAUGUUCUACAAAGAGCUGCUUCAAGAGCCGGUGCUUUCGAGGUUGGCUUCGUGACACCAUCAGCGGAGGUUGCACAAACGCGAGCCAAAUUCGUUUGGCUGCUCGGUGCCGAUGAGAUCAAUGAGGCUGAUAUUCCCAAGGAUGCUUUCAUUGUCUACCAGGGCCACCACGGUGACAAGGGUGCUCAGAUCGCUGAUAUCAUUCUUCCCGGAGCCGCCUACACGGAGAAGGCCGGUACGUAUGUCAACACUGAAGGUCGCGUUCAGAUGACCAGGGCGGCCACUGGCCUGCCCGGCGCGGCACGGACCGACUGGAAGAUUAUCCGAGCAGUCAGCGAGUUCCUUGGAGCGCCGCUACCGUAUGAUGAUGUUGCCGCUGUCCGUGACAGGAUGGUCGAGAUCAGCCCUGCUCUAGCUGCCUAUGAUGUUGUUGAGCCGGUCGCCCUUAAGCAGUUGAGCAAGGUUCAGCUUGUAGACCAGAACAAGGGCUCAAAGCCCUCGGGAGCACCUUUGAAGAAGGUUAUCGACAAUUUCUACUUCACUGAUGUCAUUUCAAGAAGUUCACCCACAAUGGCCCGUUGCUCUGCUGCAAAGGCAACCGGUGACCCGAGGACGAACUUUAUGGCUCCAGGUAUGGAGGAGGACAGGCCCAUGGGCCAGGUUGCUUACGGUGCUUAA